GCUUUUUGAUUGGUCGAGCUCUCAAAACCCAGCGUUAACUGCCUUAAAGGGAUAGUGUGCUGUACUUCCUGCAGCUGUUCUGUGGGUGACACAUGGCUAAAGGCGUUUAAUUCACUAUUUUUGUACAUUGACCUGUGUUCUAGAAUUCAUCAUGGUGAGUGAGAGGGGGGUCUGAGAUUUUUUGGCAUGUAUUCUUCCUUAUUGUGAAAAGUUAAUUGUGCCCCCAGUACUGAGAGUUUAUAUAAAACUAUUGCUGUGGCUGAGAAACCUGUCCUUGCAUGUGUAUAUUGAAUACAUGGCUUUGUAUUCAUGCUGGAUGCGGGGAUUUACUAAGUUAUAGUAAAGUCUGCAGAGCAUUCACUGAAAUUAAAGAAUGUAUAUGUUCCUGCUCUGGUGAUUUCAAUAAAUCUCUAUUUUUGUCCCUUGUAGGCUGUUAUGGGGGUGCAGAUGGUGGUGACCCUUCUGGUGGCCACUGUCAUGCAGCGAAUAUCUCCUCAUGUCUCAUUUGGUCGUUGGCUUUUGUGCAAUGGAAGGUAAGUUUACUAGUUUUUAGAGGAUAUAUAUGUUGAGAGUUCCAAGAUUUAUUGAUAAUUAGCAAACACAUAAUACCAACAAACUUUAACUUAAUACAGCAAAUCCCACGUUUGCAGAGACUAUGAAAUGUGAGGCUUCUAAACCAACUCUGGUCUUCCCAUUGCUUUUUACUGAAAGCUGUAUGUAGAAGAGCAGAUCAUUCCCUGGGUAUUUUCAUUGAUGGGGGGGAAUGAAUGGAACUACACACUAUAGCAGGGGUAGGCAACCUUCUGCACGCCAGUUGUGUUGUUGUGGACUACAUCUCCCAUAAUGUCGGCAAAGCAUCAGCGAAUACAUUCGAGUCUCUUGAGAAAAGCACAGCUUGCUCUUAAAUGUGCAUUGAGUCGACGGCACUUUUUGGGUGAUCUGCACUAAUGUGCAUCUGUUUUUAGUUCACCUUACUCUGCGGUUGGGCACUUUGACUACCUUUUCACGCUAAGGAAAAGGGCUUGUAAGUCAUACUGGGGACUGCCUUGAAGCAGUAGGGGGUUAACUUAUUAUUAUUUAUUAUUAUUAUUUAUUAUUAUUAUUAUUAUUAUUAUUAUUAUUAUUAUUAUUAUUAUUAUUAUUAUUAUAUCUAUCUUUUAGAAUUUAGAGGCAGGUUAUUCUUCAUAUUUAUGUGAACUACACUUCAAUGUUGCCUUUGUUCUAAACCCCAAUCCUAACCCCUCUACCACUCCCUGCUUUAUAUUUAAACACCUGAGGGACUGCCCCAAAGCAGUAGGGGGGUUGCAUAUUAUUUUAGGGAUGCACCAAAAUGAAAAUUGUGGGCCGAAAAUUCAGGAUGCCCUUUGCCGAAAACCGAAAAUGACUUUUUUCCCCCCAAAUGAUUUGUGUAGGUUAUGUGGUUUUUUUUUUUUUGGUUUUUUUUGUGUGGGAAAGGGAUGUAGUGUGUAGGUUAUGUAGUGUGUGUAGGGAACAUGGUGUGGUGCAGUAUAGAGGUAUGUGUGAUAGGGAUGUAGUUUGUAAGAUAUGUAGAGUGUGUGUAUGUGAGGUAGGCUAGGGAUGUGGUGUAGGGCACAUAGUGUGGGAUGAUAGGGAUGUAGUAUGGUAGGACACAUAAUGUGGGAUAGGGAUGGCAGAGUGAGGGUCACCCCCCUCACUCUGCCAUCCCUAUCCCACAUUAUGUGUCCUACCAUGAGGGUCACCCCCCUCACUCUGCCAUCCCUAUCAUCCCACACUAUGUGCCCUACACCACAUCCCUAGCCCACCUCAUUUUUUAAAUUUUUUUUUAUAUAUAUGCUGCGCGCGCAUUCAAUCAGUCCAUAGGAAAGCAUUACUCUAUGCUUUCCUAUGGAUGGCCUGCAUCAUCUGUGUGAAUUUCACAGUGAGAAUCUCGGAAGAGCCUCUAGCGGCUGUCAGGGAGACAGCCAAUAGAGGCUGGAUUAACCCUUAAUGUAAACAUAGCAGUUUCUCUAAAACUGCUGUUUACAGCUGAAGGAUUAAAACUAGGGGCACACAGACCACUUCAUUGAGCUGAAGUGGUCUGGGUGCCUAAAGUGGUCCUUUUUAAUGUUGCCUUUUUUUUUCUAAACUUUAAUUCUUACUCCAAUACUACUUCCUGUUUUGUAUUAAAACAUUGCUUUCAUAUCAAAUGCUACCUUCUAGCAAUCUGUAUAUCCAGUUAAUUGUCACUUUUUGCAAUUUAAUGGGAGUUCUAUGAGGUAUUUUCUAGUUUCACUGAUUGAGCUUGGUUACAUAACAUCACAUUUUUGUAACAUCUAAUCCAUUAUACUAGGUGGCUACCACUUAGAUACAGUGUAUCAGUCUUAUUUCCGUUAUAGGAGGUUUAGUUAAAAGAGGAUAUUUAUUCAUAGUCUCUUUCCUCCGUUUGUUCCUAAUUUACUUCCAAUAUAGGAAUACUUUUAAUAUUUAUAAUACAGAUAGAUAUCUAUCUAUAUCUGUAUUAUAAAUAUUUAAAAGUAUUCCUAUAUUGGAAGUAAACUAGGUGUAUAUAUAUCUCAUCUCAUUAUUCAAUAGGUAUAGUCUACUAACCACACUAGUAGACUAUACACACACUAGGUUUUUCACGCAGUUACGUUUGUAGCGCACACUAUUUUUGGUGGGUUUUAUUUGAAUUAAUAAAGUUUGCAUUUUACCUUGAUAUAGUGGUUUCAAUUAAUGGUAAUCUCUUGGGAAUUCCCCGCUUUGUUGGGUCUUACGCAAACUUUCUUCCUUCAGUGGAUAUGUAGUUCACAACAUCUAGAGUGCCGAAAGUUGCCUACCCGUGCACUAUAGGAUAGUAUAAUAUAGGAUAAAUGAGACCGCAUAGAUUACUAAUCCUUAGAAAUGUUUAACGUACAUAAAAUGGUAACAGCAGAUAAAUCCUAGUCAAGAAUAAGCCAAUGUACGCACAGUGUAAAGCCUAACCAGCUCAGGGAUAUUAAAAUGUAAACCUGAAAUUAGCUGGGUUAAAUGCAGAUUCAGUGGAAACACUAAUAAAUUAGGCAUGAAAUUACAAUAGGGCAAUGUGUACUGUGCUUAUUUAUUUAUUUUUUUAGUCCGUUUCAUACAAGCAAUAAAAAAAGAUUUAUUAUUAUUAUUAUUAUUAUUAUUAUUAUUAUUAUUUUUAUUUUUAUUUUUAUAUAUAUACACAUUUAUUUAUUUUUAAAGCUUGUUCCGAUACAAACAUCCCACAGAAGAUGAGCUUCGAGCUCUAGCUGGGAAGCAAAAGCCAAAAGCCAAAAGAGAACGGUAAAGUAUUGUUUGUAUCUCACACGUAUAUGCUAAACACUGAUAUUGUACACACAGAAAUAUUUUAUCAAAUACAAUUGUAUAUCUAAAAUAAAGCUAAUUGGCAUUACAAAAGUUUUAAAGUGUUUCCCUUCCUUUUUUGUCAUUGUGACGAAAUGCCUUUUGUCCCUGGAUUGUUAGGUGACAAGCUGCCCUUUGCCCCCGGCUUUUGGAGGAGCCUGAUUGCCAGCCUCCUUCCUCAUGACUAUGGCCCUGGGGUGUAUUGCCAGUUAAAAAAGACUAUUUGGGGCUUAUUGGCUUCUAAAGACAGUUUCUUCCCAUUGGAAUCCAUGGGAAGGUGUUUCUUCCCCUCCCCCGUUUCCUGUCUAUUGUUCACCUAGAUUGGGCGCUCAGAUCCGAGCUAUCUGGGGAUAGGUUAAAUGUGGGGGUUCUGUGUAAUAUAAUAAGAAUUAUGUAUUUUUAUGUACUUUUAUGUAUUUUGCUGUUAGUGUUAAAUGUAGAUAUUUUCUGUACCUGGAGAUAAUUGAGUUUACUGCAGUGCCUUAAGCCAAUUCUCUCCAGGAUGGAGAUGAGGGAUUUCAUUGUGUAUGUGAGAGUGUUAUCAUGUUAAUUAGUGUUCCCAUUGGUUUGUGGCCCUUUUGUCACAGUUUACCACCAGGUCCAGGGGGUGUGCCUCUGACCUGAAAACUUGUAUAUAAGGAGUAAUAAACGCUCAUUGGAGUCAGAUCAUCUUGUACCUUCAUGAAGUUUCGGCUCAUGUUUGGGGGAUUGGAGAAACUACACUCUGGGGAUUGCUAUAAUCACUAUACUCCCCAGGGUAUAAUCACUAAGCUCUGCUAAGAGCUUGUUCCUGUUCCUGCUCUCUGGAAUUCGGAGAGAGGUCGACCUGCUGGAAGCUGGACCCUGGUCCUGGGUCCAGAGUGGGUGGAGACGGCGAGAUCCCAACCAAGCUGCGGCGGUUCGUGGGGUCUGCAGUGGUUAUGGUGUCAGGAAGAGUGCUUGGAGUCCUCGGAAAGCACUAGGAGCAUCCGUCGGCGGAAGGUACCCGGUCGGGGUGCAGCGGUUCCGUUACAGUCAUAGUCCAAGCUUUCUGUUUUUGUUUUGUUUUUUCUAUCCAAAGGCAUUCAGCAACAUCAUGUCCUAUCCUUUAGGUUUUAUUAAAAAGUUGUCUGUUGUGGUUCUUUCAGAUCGUUGUCAGAUUUUUGGAAUCUGGUUGUAACUUACAAUCUAAGUGCCCAUUGUAAAUUCUGGAAGAAUUAACCAUAAACAGGACACAGCAUUUGUAUUAUUGUAAUGUAUAAUUAACCUUUACAUCAGUUUUGCCAAAAAAACUAAAUAGAGAAAUCUCCAGAUAUUGCAUUUUGGCUAUUUUGGUCUAAAAUUUGAAAUUCACUUUGAAUUCUUGACAAGUCACAGUACAAUAAAUAACCUUGUCUAUGUCACCUCAUCACUGUCUGACAUCAUUAUUAUUGACAUUUCUAUAGCGCCAACUUAUUUCUCAAUGCUUUACAAUAUUAUAAAAGGGGAAAGUUAACAAUUGAUACAAUUACAAAAUGUUACAGGAACAAUAUGAUGAGAACUCUGCUCAAAUGAGCUUACAGUCUAGAAGAAGUUACCAAAUAGGCAGUAAAUCUAUUGUAUGACCUCCACCCAUGAAGAAAAAAAAUGUUUGUAAAUUCGGGUCCAGUCUGAUCUCCAUGUAUGCUCUAUUCUUGCGUUCCAGAGAUGCGAAUGGUUAUCAUAAUAAUAAACCUCAAACUUGAUCAUGUGCUUAAAUGAAAACUGUAAACAGCAGUGUGUGUUCAAGACAGACACGCACAGUUAUGCUGUUUGCUGCCAUCCCUCUAACCAACCACUGGGUCUUAAGGUUACCAGGUUAUUAAGUGGAGAUAGUGCAUUUGUAUGUAUGCUCUAGAUGAAUUCUGGUCUCUGGUUUUGAAGUAAACCUGCAAUAAUAUCUCAUAACAAUGUAAUCUUUAUUUCUGCGGCUUUUCUUUUAAUAGGAGGGUAAAUGGGGUAACAGAUGAGAAGCCAUUGACUGUCCCCAGAGACAUAGAUCUACACUUGGAUACACAGCCAAUUACUACUAUCGAUGCUCUUGGUAAGAUCAGACGUUUGCUUUUUAAUUUGAUCAUCUGAAGAUCUGCUGCCAUUUUGUUUUCUCUCUUACUGUUAUUCCUGCACCCAUGUUGGAUGAUACACAUAAUGUGUGAGAUUUAACAAAGUUUUAUAUUCUGAAAAAUGUAACAAAGUAUUAAAAGUAGAGCAAUCACCAUGGGAAUCUGUGUAACUAGUCAGCCCAUUUCAGUUUGUGACUCAUUCCCGUUUACAUCACUACACUAUGUUUUAAUAAAUCUCACUGAGUGUCCUUCGAGGCUGGACUUGUUUUGUGUAUGUAUUUUGGGGAUCGAUAGCGAACUUGCAUCUGAGAACCAGGGCCAGACUGGGAAAAAAUUAGGCCCGGGCAUUUUUCAAUUAGAGCAGCCCCCCAAGAAGGGGGCGGGCCCAGAGAGGGUGUGUUUUGUCAUCACUAAUGACAAGUACGCCCCUUGUGAAAGUGAGCAUGUUGGUUCAAUGCGCAGAGCCCCGCUGAAGAGCUCUAGCAUUAGAAAAAGGCCCUAUAUUUGUUCUGCGCAGCGCAAGCAAAUGUAAUAACAUGCUUGCGCUGUGUUUGCUUUUAAAUUGUCUCUGGUGGGAUACCAGAGGAUAAAAGGGCCAGGAAAGUGUAUGGUGCAUGUGUUUGGCGCAUGCUUGUGGGAUUGCCUGUGUGUGUUGAGUGUGGUGUGGUAUUGUGUAAAUAGGUCAAUUUUGUGGUGUAAUAUGUGUGGCUAGGGGCUGUAGAGAGUGUGUGUAUAGGGGCAUAGUGUUAUAGGGGAUGUAGCUAGUGUGUACAUACGGGCAGUAGUGUGUGUGUGUGUGUGUGUGUGUGUGUGUAUAGGUGAUGUGGUGUGUGUGUAGGGGUUGUAGAGAGGGUGUGUUUGCUUACAAGGAAUGUAGUGUGUGUGUGUGUGUGUGUGUAGGUGGUGCAGUGUGUGUGUAAAGGACCCAGAGUGUGUAUAGAAGAGUGAGUGUGUGUGUGUGUGUGCAGAGGAUUAAGAGUGCAUAUAGGGUAAGGAAUCUAGCGUGUAUCUGGAGCGUAAUGUGUGUAGUGGUGCAGUGUGAGGGGUGCUGUAGUGUGUGUGUGUGUGUGUGUGUGUGUGUGUAUAUAUAUAAUAUUUUGGACGUAUUGUAUAUGUGUGAGGUGCGCAGUGUGUUUGUAAGAGGGGUGCUGUGUGUGAGUGUGUUUUUAUCUGCUGUCAAAUUCUAGGUUUCUAAUUUUCUUUGUCUGUUAACUCACUGAGGGAUGGAUAUGGAGAUAGAUAGAUAGAUAGAGAUAUAGAUAUAUAUAUAUAUAUCUAUAUCUCUAUCUAUCUAUCUAUCUAUCUCCAUAUCCAUCCCUCAGUGAGUUAACAGACAAAGAAAAUUAGAAACCUAGAAUUUGACAGCAGAUAAAAACACACUCACACACAGCACCCCUCUUACAAACACACUGCGCACCUCACACAUAUACAAUACGUCCAAAAUAUAUAUAUAUAUAUAUAUAUAUAUAUAUAUAUAUAUAUAUAUAUAUAUAUAUAUAUAUAUAUAUAUAUAUAUAUAUAUAUAUAUAUAUAUAUAUAUAUAUAUAUAUAUAUAUAUAUAUAAGAGCCUUUUAUUUUUCUAAAUUAAUAAUUAAAAAAAAAAAAAAAAGUUUUAUGUCCCCACCUUCUUACCUUUAGCCUGGGAGGGGCGGGGGAGCUGUGUUGCCAUGAGGGGGGGACCAUGCUGCCUUCACUGGUGGUCCAGUGAUGAGAGUGAACUCUAACCUGCGGGUUAGAGUUCACUCUCGCGAGAUCUGAGCGUUGCCGUGCUAACCCUUGUUAGAGCUCCGCCGGUCCUCUCUCCUCCCUCCCCAGCCGGCGGCCACAUCUCCAUGCCUGUGGGCCGGUGAGGGAUAUCUUUGAUCUCCCCACUGGCCCAUGGAGGCACACAGCAGGGUUGGCGCUCGGGUAGCGCUGGCCCUGCAGGGGCUGGCAGGGGAGAUCCUGUGAUUUAUUAUUUCUUUCCACGGCCAUUGCGGCCCACCGGGCAUUUGCCCGGUAUGCCCGAUGGCCAGUCCGGGCCUGCUGAGAACUAACCACACUCUGUUAUGGUUAUAACCAUAGUCUGUGCCUGUAACCUUUAUCAGCUGCGACCUGCUGAAUUGCGAGUAUAUAUGUGUUUGUAAAAAGACAAUAUUGAACUCUAUUUCUUUUGUAAAACAUUCACGUUUACAAUCACUGAUGACCUUGAAUCAACAAGUAACAUAAUGCUAAAAGCAGUCAUUCAUAGUACAGCACUUCAUCAACUACCCAAUCACACACAACUCUAAUUUAAAUCCUAAAACCUGCCAUUGAUCACACAGUAUCAGUUUAUUGACUUCUCCAGUGUUGUGUUGUUGUCUUUUAUUUUUGUCUUCUAGACUUGCUUUGUUUUCUCCACAGUGCUUCGCUAUUUCCUGGAAUACCAGUGGUUUAUCGACUUUUCCUUGUACUCUACCAUUAUCUACCUGUUCACUGAGGGAUAUUAUUGUCUGGUUGAUGCCCAAGAUGAGUUCAAUAUUGGUGUCCUUUGGUGUCUAAUGACCGUACUUUUCUCUAUGUAUCCUUCUUGUACCAUGGUUGGGACACUGAUGUUAACGUCUUGAAAGUUUAAGGGUGUAUAAAUAAUCAGAUCAAUGUUUGGCAUGCAAUGUGACUGGCCUGUGUUCCUUACCAAUAAGUCUUCAGUAAAGUCCUGUUCACCGUAAUGCAGCAUUAUUUCCGUUCAGUGGAGGGUGGAGAGAGAUCGGUCUGCCUGACAUUUGCCUUCCUUUUCCUUCUCAUUGCUAUGAUUGUGAUGAUCGUCCGAGAAGAGUAUCUGGAGUUUGGGCUGGAACCAGGUGAGGGUGAUUCAUACGAACAUUGUCUUUUCAAACCGUGAUAGAAAGGACAUGGCAUGCGAUCCAAUAAUUUUGUAAGGAAGGGUUUGUUCAUUCUACUGCAGGAGUCCUGUUGUAAUGGAACAAAGCACCCACUAAGUACUAGGUUAGGCUGGAUAAUUUUAAAUUGUAUUAACUACCAACUCCAUAUGAUACAAGUCAGUGAAAGUUUUAUCUGACCUGCUCCUAUCUUCCCCACAGGUUUAACCAACUUUUGUCAGAACUUGGAACAUUUCUUGAAGCAGCAAGGAUGGCAAAGCUCGUAAGUAUAUCGAGCAUACAAUCCAUGUCCUCUAAUUUUCAGCUUAUCAAUGUUGAUUCACUACAUCUUCUAACUGUGCAUAUUUCUUCCAUUUCGCCAAAGAACCCAAGAUUCCCUUUUGUUUUUUUCAAAGGCCUACAUUGCUGAACUUGGCUCUAUAUCAUUCUAUAUUUUGCAGGCAACUAAAUUAAUGUAUGCUGUUAAUCAAAACUGUACUUUCUCACCUUUAACAGAGUUCCUUUCAUCAAACUUGCUUUCAAAAUUGCACUGGUGGCCCUGUGCUCUUUCAUUGGUGGGUGCCUCACAUUUCCUGGGCUGCGAUUGGCACAGACUCAUCUGGAUGCACUUAAGAUGGCAGCUGACAGACCAAUGCUCCAGUAAGUGUAUGAAUGGGAUAGGAUAAUGUCCAAAGAAAAAAAUUACUUUCACACUAUCCCAAAUCCCUAUGCACCUUUAAAUAACCGGAGGGUUUUUUUUUUUUUGUAUCACUCCAAUAGCCAUUUAAGUGUAAGCUCACCUGCCACAGGGAAAAUCUCUUCGGUGAGUCUUACACAAACAAUUCACCUUGUGGCUUUCAGGUAGAGAUUUUAGCUGAAAGCCGCAAGGUGCAUUGUUUGUGUAGGACUUGCCUAAGAUGUUUUCCCUUGACUUGACAGGUGAGCUAAGACUUAAAUGGCCAUUUGAGUGAUACUAAAAAAAUAAAUUAAAAAAAUCUCCAGUUAUUUGUGUAUAGGUUUUUUGUUAUAGUGCGAAAGUAAAAUGUGUUGUUUUUUUUUUGUUUUUGUUUUUUCCCUGGUAUGUAUUGGGGCUGAUGUGUACUAUAGUCAUUACUGCCACCCAGGAUUAGUGGUUAUAACGGAGCUCCAGCACUCUGACAAAGUACCUCCGCCAAGUCUGCUUCCUCUUGGUUAUCAGGGACCCUGGAGCACUCCACAACCAGUCACCGUGGCUUGACUGGGAUCACUGAGGGCCUUUUCCACCCUGUACCAAAUACCCGACAACACUUGGUGAAAGUUAAAACCGCAACUAACUUUAAUAGACAUAGCACAAUUAUUUUAUUUUAAGCCCCCAACAGCCUCAAUUACAUACAAUAAGGUGCAUAAAGUAAAAUAGUACAAGAAAGGGUGGGGUCAGACAAUAGAGGAGUGGCAGGGUGGCUAGUUUAACCCCUUAACGACACAUGACGUGUGACCUGUCAUGAUUCCCUUUCAUUCCAGAAGUUUGGUCCUUAAGGGGUUAAACUGGUCUGGCAGUGUCCCUGGGACAACGCCCUGCUGGGGAAACAGGACAGGAAAAAGGGGGAGAGGCACAGACAAGCAAUACCAAUAAUGGGCACAACAUGAAUAAAACACAUAGGGAAUCUGGGGACCCUCACAUUGUGUCAGUGUCUGUCUUUCAUCCCCAGUGACUACCAUCACAGUGGGAGUUAAGCGCAGGGCUUAAUUUUGUAUGUUAGGAUAAGAUAACAAGCUUUUUGCACAAGUGUGUUACUUUGAAAGGUGCAGUGGCAAAAACAUACUGUUAACUAAUUUUGUUUUUUCCUGAAGGCUCCUGCUUCAUGCGAGCUUCCUUCCACCUGUCAUUGUGGUGGUCCUGUGGAUCCGACCCAUCACCAGAGACUUCCUGCUUCAUGCACCAAUGGGCAAAGAGACUGUACAGCUGUGAGUGGCUACAAUAUGCUGCAUUAUCUAAAACUUGUAAUUCCAUCCUUCAAUAAUAGCCUUAAGAAAUAAUACCUUUGUAUUUCUUCAAUUCCCAUCAAAAAUAAACUGUGGGAAGGGAGAAGCAAUGUGGUAGGCCCUCCUGUAACUUUUUUUUUUUUUCUAAUGGCAGUUAUUAUAAUUUUAAAGUUGUGAUGUGCGAUACCCUGCGAUUACACAUAAACCUAUAUAAUCUAUUUAUUUCCACUACUUCGGUCUGAUUUUCACCUAUUCUUUGCAGAAUGUCUAACUCUGCAUAUAAUACCUUCCGGUUGUGGAUCAUCGUGGUUCUGUGUGUCUUGCGUCUAUCGUUGACUCGAUAUCACUUGCAAGCAUACCUAGGUCUAGCUGAACAAUGGGUAGAACGUAUGAAGAGAGAGGCUGGGAGGAUCUCCAUGUUGGAGAUUCAGCGGAAGGUGAGUGAGCAGAAAGGUAAACUGUGUUUAACCACUUAUAGAGGAACUGUCUCUUCCUUACUUUUAGCACAACCUAAUAACUAUUACGUUCAGAGAUAGAUAUAGAUAUCUAUCUAUCUCUAAUAUAAACAUGCUAGAUCCAGCACACUCAUUUGUUCACUAUACAGCAAUUUCAAGGCUCACGGAAUAUAGUAUUUUUAUUAAAAGGGACAUUAGUCACCCAGACCACUUCAGCUAAUUGAAGUGGUCUGGGUGCAGUAUCCCAGUCCCACUUAAUCCUGCAAUGUAAAUCAUUGCAGUUUUUGAAAAUUACCCACUGGAGGCACUGCCUGUGGUUAGACUUUUGGUCGCCUAGCUAAUGGCAACUAAUAAUGUAGAUUUAGUUGCUGUUAUUGAGACAUGGUAUAAUGACUGGGACAUAGCAAUACCAGGGUACACAUUAUAUAGAAAAGACAGGAAAGUCAAGAAAGAGGGAGAGGUGGCCCUGUAUGUGAAGGCUAGCAUAUAAUCUAUCCUAAAAAAAAAAGUAAGUGAGGCAAAGAGUCUGUUUUGGGUUAUGUUAGAAUUUGGUAAUCACACAGUAACUCGUGUAGGUGUGAUUUAUAGGCCCCCCAAUACAAAUAAGAGUUAGAUAGUCUAGUAGUUGGAAUUAGCUAAAAUGACGAUGAAUGGGGAAGUUAUCAUCAUGGGUGAAUGUAAUCGUCCUGAUGUGAACUGGAAAACCAAAAUAGCUGCUUGUACCAGGAGCACACAUAUUCUAACCUCACUACUGGGAUUGUCUCUAAGACAAGUCAUUGAGGAGCCAACUCAUAAAGAGGCCAUACUAGAUUUAGUGUUAACAAAUAGAGAUUUGGUAUCAGACAUUACUGUAGGUGAAAGUUUAGGAUCCAGUGAUAAUCAGUCAGUGUGGUUUAAUAUAAAAACAGUGACUGAGUCACAGCACACAAAAACAAAAGUUUUCGACCUUUAGAAAAACAAAACUUUUUUUCUAAAAUUAGAAUAUGUGUAAAGGAGUUAUUGUCAGACUGUGGGAGUUUAAAUGGAGUCCAAGAGAAAUGGGAUUAUUUCAAAGUUGCACUACUGAAGGCAACAAAAAAACGACUGUGGCCAAAUUGUAAAAAACAAAACGCUACCAUUUAGGAAGUAUUAAAAAAAAAAAAAAAAAAAGUGAGAAAGAUGGACAGAUCUCUAAGAUUAGGCAGAAAUAGGCUAAGCAUGUUCUAAGAGCUUCCAAAUCACACACAGAAGAGAAAAUAGCAGUCAAUAAAAAAGGACAAAACUUUAUUUUUUAUUUAGAUGCAUAAAUGAAAAAAGGAAAGUCAAACAAGGAUUAGUUAGCUUAAAAACAAAAGAAGGAAAGUAUGUAGAAGAGGAUAAAGGUCUAGCUGACUGCCUCAAUGAAUAUUUUUGUUCAGUAUUUACAGAUGAAAGUGAAGGAAAGAGGCCUCAGUUAGGAAAAAGGACAAAUUAAUCAUUUGUUACAUGUGAGUUUACAGAGGAAGAGGUUCUAUUUCAACUGUCAAAAGUAAAGACAAAUUAGUCAAUAGGACCUGAUGGAACACACCCAAAGUUUUUAAAAGAGCUUAGUGGUGUAUUAGCAAAACCAUUAACAGAUUUAUUUAACCAAUCAUUGUUAAUAGUAGUAAUCCCAGAAGAUUGGAAGUUGGCAAAUGUUGUUCGCAUUCACAAUAAAGAUAGUAGGGAUGAAUCGGGCAACUAUAGGCCAGUAAGCCUUACUUCAGUAGUGGGGAAAGUGAUGGAAACCAUGUUAAAGGAUAGGAUUGAUGAACAUCUAAAAUCACAUGGAUUUCAAGAUCAGAUACAACAUGGGUUUACUUCAGGGAGAUCAUGCCAAACUAAUCUUAUUGAUACAGGGGUGGUGCAGUAGACAUUGCGCACCUAGAUUUCAGUAAGGCUUUUGACAUUGUUGCACAUAGAAGGCUUAUCAAUAAACUGCAAUCUCUGAGUCUGGAUUCCAAUAUUGUUGAAUGGGUAAGGCAGUGGCUGAGUGACAGGCAACAAAGGGUUGUAGUCAAUGGAGUAUACUUGAAGCAAAGUCUAGUUACCUCAGGGAUCUGUACUUUGACCCAUUCUCUUGUAAUAUUUUUAUUAGUGAUAUUGCAGAAGGUCUUGAUGGUAAGUUAUAUCUUUUUGCUGAUGAUACGAAGAUCUGUAACCGGAUUAAUGUUCCAGGAGGGAUAAGCCAAAUGGCAAAUGAUUUAGGUAAACUAGAAAAAUGAUCAGAGCUGUGGCAGCUGAUAUUUAAUGUGGAUAAGUGCAAGAUCAUGCAUCUUUUAAAAAAAAUUUAUUUUUGCAGUGCAUUGCGUAAACCAUACAUUGAACAUACUUUGUGGUAUAGAGUUUCCAAUGCAUAACAUAGUAUGGUUGGAAAAUAUUGAGUAACUGCACCAGUUUUUUUUUAUUUAUUUAUUUUUUAUUUAUUUUUUUUUAUUUUGUACAUACUGUGAACGUGGGCCUAGGUCCUACUGUAGGGGAUAGGACUCAUUUUGUGUGUUUAGAGGUGUAGUUUGCCUAUUCAGUCCUAAUGCUGUGUUGAAGGGAGGGCUAAAUAGGAGGUAGCAUGUCAGUAAUUGCGGCACACGUGUGUUUAGAGAGAAUUGAAUUGAGGGUGCUAUGAGAGCACCUCUGAUAAUACACAACUAUGUCCUCUCACGUCUAUGCAGAGGGUGAUUGGGUGUAGCUUCUCCUUAGUGUGGCUACGCAAGCUGGUGGUUAUACUCUAUGCCUUAAGUGAGGGUACUCCUAACCAAGGGAGUUGCGGGGGGUGGUGUGGGUAGAAAGAGUGUGCGUGUGCCUCUUCUAUUCGUUUGGAAUAACCCCACAAAUAAUACAUUGUUAAAUAGCCUAAGUUCUUCAAAAAGCACUCGGAUACAUGCAGUGUAUGGGGAAACACCACUGUAUUAAAGUUCUGACCGGCCGCACACGUGGUCUUAGCCCCAAAUAGUUCCAGGGUGUUUGGUUCCAUUCGCAUGAAUGGAAAGUGCCGAACCAGAGGCGCCCAAAGAGAGCUGUUAAUAGUGGCUGGGCAGAGUAACUCCCAAACGGUGUCCCAGACCUGGACCAUAGUCUGUGGGUAGAGGCCGGCUUCUACACUCUUCCAGGAGUCCGUGGCAAACGUACAUGGAAAGGAGCGUUUGUCACAAAGAGGACAUAGUCUUACAUUAGAGGGGCAAAGGUUUAAAAAUAUCCGGAAGUAUUACUUUACUGAGAGGGUAGUGGAUGCAUGGAAUAGCCUUCAAGCUGAAAUGGUAGAGGUUAACACAGUAAAGGAGUUUAAGCAUGCAUUGGAUAUGCAUAAGGCUAUUCUAGGUAUUAGAUAAGGCCCGGGACUAAUGAAAGUAUUAGGAAAAUUGGGCAAACUAGAUGGGCCGAAUAGUUUUUAUCUGACGUCACAUUCUAUGUUUCUAGCUGGAUUGAACUGGGUGUUUUAUGAGCCAUGGGGCAGGGAACGAGGGACCAGAAGCUCUAUAGUGUUAGGAAUUUAGAUUAGUAUUACUGACACUAUAGAAUCCCUUCAAAAACACUUCACCUAGUCAAAAAUAAUGGGGAUUUCGUUACAAUUUCUGAACCUACAUUGCAUAAGCCUGUCAGGUCCUAUUCUAGCAACCUAAUGCUUGCCAAGGACCUGCCAAGAAUGAAAUAUUGCCAAGGUAAGUUCAUUCCCCCUGAUUAGCACUGAAAUAGUGUUACUGGUGUGAAGGAAAUGGAAGUCACUGUUCUUCUUUAAUAACCAGGAUUUAGUGCUACAGAUAAGUUUUUGUGUUUUUUUUUUUGUUUUUUUGUUUUUUUUGAACAUUUUAUAUAAUUCUUUAUUUUAACAUUGACAUAACAUACAGCUGGAAAACAAUACUUAGGCUUGUACAAAAGCCGGGUUGUAUGAGGUACAAUGAAAUUGUAUGGGUACAGAAAGAAGAUGGUUAUUUGGUUAAAGGUACAUUCGUUUCUUGAUGUGCCCGUCAUCUUGAUCAAUUAUGUUUUUCAUACCUCUGUUGUCUGUCAAUGGUCUUUGUCAUAUAGUUGUCUAUCUUCGUCGUUAUGUGGUCGUGUGAUCCUGAUAUGGGAGACACCUUGUUGGGUGGUGCCCCGAGAAGUUAGGGUGGCUCUGGGUCUCUCGUAUCUAGUCAGGUGGGUUGUGGAUUGUAGUCUAGGUUAUGUGUUAUUUAUGGACGGUCAUCUCGUCCCUUCAGUAGUAGCUUGGUGUCUGUGUGGCGUUGAUGGAUGAUGUCCCUUGGUUGUAAGAGGCUUGGUGUUAUGGGGUAGUGUUGUUGCGCUUAUUUUAUAUCUGCUGACCCGUACUCGGUGCGUUGGGGGCGUGUGGUAUCUCUGCUUUUGUCCCCUUGUGUUGUGAGGGCAUCUUCGUCUAAUGUUGCUAGUUUUGCCUUGCGUUCUAAGAGGUGGAUUUGUCAAGGGGAGGGGGUGGUGUGGGGGGGGUGUUUGUCCUAGGCAUUUCUGUUUCGUUGUUGCAGUUCGCCUCCUCAGAGUCAGCUGUCUGCCUUUGUUUUACUGUCAGGGUAUAAUGGGGGUAGGGUAGGUGUGCGGCAGUGGUGGGGUGUCUGUUUGGGGUGUGGGGUUGUGGGAGAAGGGGGUGGCGCACCGCAGUAUUGUGUCAAACAUGGGUGGAGGGUUCUGCAAGCCAUGGAUCCCAUAUUUUGUCACAGUGUGUUGUGGUUUCGUGGAUGAGGGCCGACAUUCUAUCCAUUUUUUUUUUAUGUUUGUUUGCUAAUAAUUUCAGAACACAUAAUACUUUUUAUUUUCUGUGGCAAGCCUCACACAGCAAUGCAUGCAAAGCCCUGGGGACUAUAUAAAGUGUGUAUGUGGGACUUGCUGGGCAAUAUCCAGUCAGUAGUGAUGUUCCUGUACUCCAGCUGAAUAUGAAUGAAUCCAAUGCCAGUGUACAGUGUUCACUUUGAGGGCUAGAAAUUGCCCAGCAUGGAGCCUCCGAUUUUGACACCAGCUGACAGAGGCAAGCUCUAGGUAUCACUGUCUAGCUCUGCACGCACUAUAACCUUCCAUGCCAGAGUUGUUAAAGCUAUGGAAUGUUCUGCAGUCAUUAAUUGGUCAUUACAGGUACCCUAAAGUUCUGUAUUUUUUUUUUAUUUUUUUUUAUAUUAUUUUUAAUUUUUUUAUAUUUGGUCAACCCCAAAGCUCUUUCCACAAGGGCAGGAACUGAUGUUGUUGUUGUUGUUGUUGUUGUUGUUGUUGUUGUUGUUGUUGUGUGUGUGUUUUUUUAAACCAUAAAGUUCUUGUAGAUCAUAUUGGGUACAUGUGUUAAUCUUGAUGUUGAUGUGAACCUAUUUCUUGCUGUGUAGAUCUCCCGCAUAUUCUGCUACCUGACUGUGGUCGCUCUGCAGUAUCUGGCUCCUAUAAUGCUUACCAUCCACUGUGUGUUGCUGCUGAAAUCUCUGGGCAAGUAAAACCAAAUGCAAUGGUCACGUGUGAAAAGGGAUGAUAGAAUAGUUUUGUUUGUAGUAUUCACUUUUUAAGUACAUUCAUUGAAACCUGUACUUGAAUUAAUAAUGCAUUUUUUUACUACGACGAACAGUGUGUGUGUGUGUGUGUGUGUAUAUACAUACGCACUACAAAUAACUACUAGAUCUCUGAAUGAACUCCUAGAAUGUGACGGCAGAUAAGAACCAUUCGGCCCAUCUAGUCUGCCCAAUUUUCUAAAUACUUAUCUUAAGUCUAGGAUAACCUCAUGCCUAUCCCACGCAUGCUUAAAGUCUGCCACUGUAUUAAUCAGCUGGAAGGCUAUUCCAUGCAUCCACUACCCUCUCUGUAAAUUAAUACUUCAUGAUAUUAUUUUUAAACCUUUGCCCCUCUAAUUUAAGACUGUCCUCUUGUUGUGGUAGUUUUUCUCUGAACUCUCUCUAAAGCAAGCAUGUCAAACUCAGUCUAACAUGGGCCACAUAAACAAGGUUUAAGUUUAUGUGGGCUGCAAAAAAGGUUUAUUUUGAAAAAGUACAGUAUUUAAAAAAAAAAAAAAAAAGCAUCCCCCUGUAAACAAAAAACAAAUCCCAGUCCCCACCCCCUCUACUAAAUCCCAGCACCCCCCUCUAUCCAACAAGCAGACUCCACUGCCAGUAUGCGACUCUGGAGUCCAGCCUCUGGUAUACUUUCAAUGGCGCCGUCCGCACCCUGUGCCAAAUCUGAUUCUCCAGCUACUUCUUGAAACCCUGUGAAGGUGGAGCACGUUUAUGUCACGUCGGACGCACACACUUACACUGACAGAUGCACUCACAUCAUUUUCUUUAUUGCUCCCUACCUUGGGAAGCUGAUGUGGGGAUCUUCUGUCUGCUCCCUCCUGCGCAGUUUAGUGAUGCAGGGUGCCGGAAUAUGACGUCAUAUUCCGGCGCCUGGCUUCACUACAGACGGAGCGAGGUAGCAGUGAGGAGCAGGAACACUGAGCUCCCUCGCUGGCCCUCCUCCCUGGCCGGGUGAGUAUUAGCAGAGUAGGCACCAGCAAUGUGGGGAAAGCGGGUGCCUACUCUGCUUUAACACAAAGCAUGUACUCGCAGCUCGCCAGGCCGCAAAGAUGUCCAUUGCGGGCCGCGUGCGGGCCGCAAGUUUGACAUGCUUGCUCUAAAGUCUCAAUAUCCUUCUGGAGAUAUGGUCUCCAGUACUGCUUACAAUACAACACCAUUUAGAUUUGGCUCAAGUCUACUUAUGAAGUCAUUGAAACAAUAUUAUUUUGCCUGGUCACUAAUCACUGACCCAAUGGCUGACUAUUAAAAGGAAUAGAAAAAAAUAUACUUUUGGGCAAAUCGGUCAAAAUUUAGCAAAUUUUUGUUUCAGGAAAUGUCAGCAAAUUUCACUUGUUAGUGAGUUAAACCUGUUUAACAAAGUAAUCUACCCAUAGAAAGUGUUUUGUGCAAUAAUAUAUGAAUAGGGUUAUUUACUAAAGUGAGAAUCGCCGACAAUUCAAACAGGGUUAUUCACUAAAGUCAAUAGCUGAGGUGUGUUUUAAAAAAAAAAAAAAUCCCUUAAAUCAGCUCUGCUUUCAAUAAAAAAAAAAACAAAAAAAACAGUGGAGUGCUAUAUACCUAUAAAGUGCAACAUGUGUACAGAUCUGUGUUUAGUGCAAUAUUUCAACAAGUUACCUAGCUGGCUUUGAAAAUUUUGUGGUAAACCAGCAAGUAUACCUUAAACAGAAAAAUAUUAGACAAUAGUGUAAAACAUGGAACACUCACAAUAUUCUAGAGCUAAUCCACCUAGCUCCAAUGUGUAUAGCUUUAAGAUCCGUUUAGGCAACCUUUCCCUCCCCUCUCCUGUAUUAGUUAUUUUAAUGGGUUCCUUUAUCCAGUGAUGUAUCUCAGAGUGAAAGGAACAUUUGGAAAUAGUGUAAAAUUCCUUUUAAGAGAGAAACUUAUGAGUAGUCAUAGCUAUACUCCAAAACGUAGAGCCCAAAUCCUGGAUCAGUAUUGUAGCUUUGUAUGGUUGAGAACUACACCACCUUCUUUUAUAAGUGCAGGAACUCUGGUAAUGGUAUUAAAGUAAUAAUUUUUAUUUUAUUUAAAAAAAAAAAAGACCGUGCAAUAUUAAAAAAAUAUACCAAUAUCUUUGUUUUUUACCAAAUAUUUUCAUCAAAGCCAAUUAGGUAACUUGUUGAAAUAUUGCUAUGUAUGUGUGUGUAUAUGUAUAUAUGUGUGUAUAUGUAUGUGUGUGUAUAUAUAUAUAUAUAUAUAUAUAUAUAUAUAUAUAUAUAUAUAUAUAUAUAUAUAUAUAUAUAUAUAUAUAUAUAUAUAUAUACACACACACACGUUGCACUUUAAAGGUAUAUAGCGCUCCACUGUUUUUUUUGUUUGUUUGUUUUUUUUAAAACCCACUACUCUUUAUUUUUUUUUAUCUAUUUGUACAGCUCUGCUUUCAGUUUGGCUACUCUGAUAUUCCAAAAUAGCUGGAUUAGAAAUAUUCUCAAACUCCAUUCUGUUUGCAGCUCGGCUAUUUUGACCUUAUAUUGUCACUUUAGUGAAUGAACCUGUAAAUCAUUAAAAUGCAUAGGAAAAUUAGAUAUUUAUGUCUGUAAAAUAACUUGUGUUAUGAGCCUAAUUAAAGGAACACUCUAAGACCUGUUUUAUGUUCCUUAUUUAGUCAUGGCCCCCUAUUUGACAGUAAAAUAAAGAUGUGUUCUUGCCUUUAGCCACCCAGUACACCAUUCCUCACUUGCCUGAGAUCAUCUUUACAGGUGAUUACCACCAAUAGGAAUGGAUUGUUAGGCUAGUGAGCAUGCAGGGCAAUAGUCUCUCUAUGCCCAUCAGCAUCUCUUUAUAGAGCUGCAUUAGAUCGGAGACUAGGCAACCUUUGGCACUCUAGAUAUUGUGGACUACAUCUCCCAUGAUGGUCUUACAUUCACAGUGCUGGCAAAGCAUCAGGGGAGAUGUAGUCCACAAUAUCUGGAGUGCUUACUUCUGCAUUAGAUGAAUACAGUGAUCCCCAAACCAGUCCUCAUGGCCCACCAACAAUCCAGGAUUUAUGCAUUUCCCUUUUUUGUUUCCAAUGGAGUUACUGACAAAACCUGGACUAUUGGUGGACCAUAAGGACUGGUUGUGGAACCACUGGAAUAAUGCAUCUCUAUAGUGAGCUGAAGACUUCGAAUAUUGGUUAUGCAAAAAUUGCAGGACCAUAUUAAGGAGGGCUUCUAGUGUCUGUCUGAUGGACAGCCAAUACGGGAGCCGUAAGAACAAAUGUUAACACUACCUUUACUCCAGAAAAGGCAGUUGUGUGGGUUUGUUUUUUUGUUGUUGUUUUUUUGGUUUUUUUGGGGGUGGGUGGGGUUUAUAAAAUUGUCAGACUGCAGGGACAGUAUUUUUAUACCAGAACCAAUAUAUUAAGCUGUAGUGAAUCUUGUGCUUAGUUUCCUUUUUAAUAAUCUAAUGUUGAGAUGUCACAUGUAGGUAACUAAUGUGUUUGGUUCAUAGGUGACUAUUCAUGGGGUUUAUACCCAGAGCCUCCUGGUUUCACUCCUGCUGUAGACCUCUUUCCUACCCAACAGCCACCCACCUCCUCCUCUGAUGAAGAUGAUGACUCAGAGGAUGUCCAGGCAGCUGUGGAGCAGAUCAUGGGGGCAAUGAGUGCCGUGCGAAGCCUAUUCACUCCAUUAUUUUAUAGGGGUUUCUUUUCUUUUAUGACAUGGUGGGUCUCUGUCUGUCAACUUGUUACAAGUCUUUUUGGCCUCUACUUCCACCAGUACCUUGGAGCUUUAUAAAGCAAGUAAAUGGAGGACAGCUAUCAGGUGUCUUAAUGUCUUGGCGUAUCCCCACUGCUCGGUGGACAAUGAUUAUCUGAAUUUGCCUACUUGUUAUCUCAGGUCCCAUCGUAUCGAAAUAUAUAUUUUAAAUAAUCUGCUAUAAAAAAAAAGGGAGUUUGGGGGGGAAAAAAACUACACAUAAGAGACAUUUUGCAUGGUUAGCUUGUCAGUACUACCAGUGGGUAGUGCAUAAUAUAUCAAGUGUACCUUACCCUGCAUGGGAGCUCUUUUCAGUGUUGCAGUAGAGGAGCAAUUAAUCCAGAAAACUAAAAUGCAGCACUCAUGGAUGCUCCCUACUGGUGCCAUUACAAACUACUCGUAUAGAAAAUCUGACAUUUCUGCCUUGUGAAUAAAUGAGUAACUCUACCUCAGGGUUUUUAAUGAAUGUUUGUAGAGACUUUGGGUGAUUUUUGUUCUUGGGACAUUAUAUGAUCGGAAUUCAUAUCUUCUGUUUCUCAUCACAUUUUGUCUCCACCUGCUUUUAGCUAUGCAAUGGGCUCUUGCAUGCCUAAUGCAAGAUUGAUUAGGUAAAAGGCAGAAUUUCUAUAAUUCUUGUUCUGGAUUACAAAUAAACAUUUAAUUGGAUAUGUCAGUUUAUGGCUGUUGGUCUAUGGUGAAGACACUCUUUUUCAGGUAGGUAGUUCUUUGUAGAAGAAAUUCAAUAAGCUUUUCUGUCAGUUACAAUGGUUUGGAGGGCCAUAUCUUCUAAGAUAUCCUUUAAGCUAGGGUACUCACCAGUAAACUCACAUUUUAAAGGGACACUCCAGACUCCUUAAAGAACUUUUGCUUGCUGAAAUGCUUUGUGAUAAGUGUCCUUUUUUAAUUUAUUUUUUUCAACAGAAAUUGCCACUUUUGUUACACUCCCCUGGCUGUCAGACAACAGAUCCUGGCUUGUUUAGCUAAACUGAGUCCAGUAAUUGCUCAGAGCACCUGCCGUGCAAAGACUUCUCUUUGACCUGCAUUGGGAAGUCUGUGAUUGGGGAGGGGGGGGGAGGCACAAGGAUGUACACUAAGCAAAGUAUUAAUAACUUGGCAUGUGAUGUUCCAAACUGCUGUACAGAUCACUUGUGUAUUUAGCUCAAAGCAAACUAGAUGUUUGCCUUGGGUGGCACUAACCAGGGGGUGGCAAAAAAAUGCCGCCGCCAAACGCCCACUCUGGUUUCCCCGGUCUUCCCCCCGGGGUCCAGUGGGGCUGCUGGGAGGCGUGCGGCUGUGUUCGUAUCAGAGGUGGUGAGGGAGCUCUGAUUUCCCUGCCCUGCUCCCUCGUGCCUUUCAUGCCGUUUGCUGAUGCCACGGGAGCCGGAAUAUGACGUCAUUCCGGCAUCGGUAGACAACCCGCGAGGGAGCAGAGCAGGGAAAUCAGAGCUCUCUCGCCGCCUCUGAUUCUAACUGAUGCUGGAUGUCCUCACGCUGUACAUGAGGACAUCCUGCAAAUGCUAAAUCCCCAUAGGAAAGAAUUGAUCCAAUGCUAAGCACGGAGAAGGAGCCUGACCCAGCGCCGAGGGACACCAGCGCUAGGUUCAGGUAAGUGACCCCUUCAGUAACGAGGGGGCACUAUAAGGAACUAUAGUGCCAGAAAAACAGCUUUGUUUUUUUUCUGGCACUACAGUAUCCCUUUUAAAAGGUGGAGUCUAAAGAGGAAAGGGUAGGUUCCUGAUCAGAUAGAGGUGCAACCUUGACAGGAAGGGGUGUGGCAAAUUUAGAUUAAGGGGGUGCCCAGGUUUAGUCAUGCCUAGGGCAGCACAAAACCAAAAUACACCACUGGUACAGAUGAUGAUUAUUGCAAUGUGAGAUCCUCCUCUGAGGAAACCUAUUCUAUCCAACUGCUUUCAGCAUUACAAUAAACACAUGUACAAUGCUGUACAGUUUUUAUAACUAUGCCAGUUUAUAAUUUAUUUAAUAGCAUUUUAUUUGUUGUUUUUUUUGUUUUUUUUAACAUAGGGCAUUCUUGCUUAAAACUUUUUUUUUUUUUUUUCUUAAUGCAUGAGAUGCUGGUCGUGGAGCUAUAGACUAUAUUUUAAAUUUAUUUUAUUUACUUCACAACUGUGCAUUUCAGGCCAUACAGUUAAAAAAAUAAAUAAAAAAAAUCCGAGGAGGGAAGUUUGAGUUUUUGAUGUACAGUUGUUGUGGUGGCUGGAGUGCCCCACUAAACAGCAAUGCAUGUGUGCAUUUUAUGUUUAAAAAUUUACUUUAUCAGAUCUACACUUGCAUACAUGUGCAUAAGUUUCCUGCAAACUUUUAACAUUUUAUAUAAUAUAGCAUCUUGCUGGAAAAUAUGUACACUGGUGUUUAAGAUUGCAAAUACAUGUAAGAAAAGUGUGUGGUGUUUUUUUUUGUUUUUUUUUCCAGAAUGUAAUUUAAAAAUAAAAUAAAAACACAUGAUAUAAUAUCAUUAAAGGCUAGUUGGUUAUGAUGGGAUUUUAUCAUUAUUGACCGUUAAAGGGACACUAUAGUCACCAGAACAACUACAGCUUAUUGAAUUUGUUCUGGUGAGUAGAAUCAUUACCUUCAGGCCUUUUUCUGUAAACAUUGUCUUUUCAGAGAAAAUGCAGUGUUUAUAUUACAGCCUAGGGAUAACUGCACUGGCCACUCCUCAGAUGUCUGUUAGAGAUUCUUCCUGGGUCAUGACUGCCUAAAAUGCAUCCAAACAUUCAGUGUCUCCUCCCUCUGCAUUCAGACAUUGAACUUUCCUCAUAGAGAUUCACUGAUUCAAUUCAUCUCUAUGAGGAGAUGCUUAUUGGCCAGGGCUGUGUUUGAAAUGUGCUGGCUCUACCCCUGAUCUGCCUUUGUCAGUCUCAGCCAAUCCUAUGGGAAAGCAUUGUGAUUGGAUUAGGCUAUUACUUCUAAUGAUGUCAGCAGACUGCUUGUUUUUCUGAGUCUAACAACAUGCAGAUCUACAGCUUCAGGCUUUAAUACAGUAAAAUUUUGCUAUAUUUAUGGAGGCAUGAGGGGCCCAGUGGGGCUAGAUGGUGGUUUUAACACUAAAAGGUCAGGAAUACAUGUUUGAGUUACUCACCCUAUCGUGAUCCUUUAACAUUUAAGAUGUAUGCAGCUGCACUCCAUGAAUCCGCACUGGCAAUUGAGGUGUAUAGUGCAUAUCUAUGAAUGAUAGUGAAAGGAGUAGGAUGUUAAAGGCUACAUUUCAGAAAGAUUGGUAGGUACAUGUAUAUUGUAUCAAAGGAAGUGGUACAAUCCUUUAAAAUAUACGUUUUGUAUAUUGGUUAUGUUUUAACACGCAUUUGACAGUUCAACUACAGUAUGUAAUAAAAAAUAUUGUCUACUG